AUGAAGCGACUCCAACAUACGCUCCUGCGCCUGAAACCAACACAGCCCAGCCCCGCUCUCAGGUCCAAUCUCAACCGCUACCUCAACCUCAACCUCAGCCCCAGCCUAAGCUUGAGAGGCACAACCAAAGCCAUGUUCACAUUCACAGUCCCAGACACAGACCUACGUGUCAACAGCAUCCCAGAAUUAACCCAGAAAGAUCUACUCGCAUUCCCAGCCUUCAAAAUCUGGAUCGCGACACUACAACAAUCCCUAUCCCGGCAACAACACCCCUCGCACGAAUUCCACAAGGACCCAUACGUGCUCCGUAAAAUCGACAUCCAAGCCGUCGACCGAUUCGGCGGAAACAGACUAGGCUUCAUCAAAUUAAAGGCCGAUGUAUCAAAUGGCCAAGGCGAGACUUUGCCCGGCAGUGUGUUUUUGCGGGGUGGGAGUGUUGGCAUGUUGCUAAUCCUCCAACCAAACGACCUCCCAAAAGACUCAGAAAAAGAUAAGAAAGCAGUUCUAACAAUCCAACCCCGAAUCCCAGUAGGAUCCCUCUCGUUCCCGGAAAUCCCAGCAGGAAUGCUAGAUGAUAGCGGGACCUUCGGCGGCGCCGCCGCAAAGGAAAUCCAAGAAGAAACCGGGCUACUCGUCGAGCAGAACGAGCUAAUUGAUAUGACGGCGCUUGCUUUGCAGGUGGGCCAAGAACCAGAUUACGGAGAACGACUACAGCGCGCUGUUUAUCCUUCUGCUGGGGGUAGUGAUGAAUUUAUCCCGUUGUUUUUGUGUCAGAAGCGUAUGCCUAGGUCGGAGAUUGAGGCUUUGCAGGGGAAGUUGAGUGGAUUAAGGGGUGAGGGGGAGAAGAUCACGCUUAAAGUUGUUGAGCUUGGGGAUUUGUGGAAGGAGGGUGUUAGGGAUGGGAAGACUUUGGCUGCUUGGGCGCUUUAUUUGGGGUUGAAGGGGGAAGGGAAGAUUUGA